ACACCCGCUCCGCGCAAUAUAACGUCAUGACGUACGUUACGCAAAACGUCUUUUGCGUAAUGACGAUUCAUUCGGAAGUGAGAGGCUGGGGCAGUACAUGCAAAACACAAAAAUGGUGUACGUGUCUAAUGGCCAGGUUUUGGAUAGCAGGUCCCGUUUCAGGUUAUCUUUUUGGACCGACCUCAUCUGGGGUGCUGUGGAGUUCAUCGGAUUGUUCUUCCAAACAAUCUUUCAGCCUCACCUGUCAAAGAAUAGGAGCUCCGGGUCUUACUCAAGAUUUGAUGAUGGCAGAGGUCCCCCAAGAUUCCCCGGGCCACGGCGAAUGGGAAGGAUAAGCUAUGGGGGCGGGCCUAGUGCCCCACCAAUGGGGGGAGGAGGAUGAGGAAGGUGA